AUGAAGAUUCUUUUCUGCUACCAGACGUUCAGAUUCAUCUGGCUCCCCAAGCCAUCUGGCCGGCACUUUCACAAAGAUCACCAGCUUUGGGCACCUCUGACUCUUGCUGACUUUGAAGCCAUAAAUCGCUGUGAGAGGUCAUUGCCUAAGAACUUUAACUUUGCUGGGGAUGUGCUGGACCAGUGGUCCCAGAAAGAGCAGACAGGAGAGAGACCAGCCAACCCAGCCCUGUGGUGGGUGAAUGGCAAAGGGGACGAGGUGAAAUGGAGCUUCAGAGAACUGGGCUCCUUGUCCCGAAAGGCUGCCAACGUGCUCACCAAGCCUUGUGGCCUAAAGAGAGGAGAACGAGUGGCUGUGAUUCUGCCCCGAAUCCCAGAGUGGUGGCUCCUAAACGUGGCUUGUAUGCGAACAGGACUUGUCUUCAUGCCAGGAACAACCCAGCUGACAGCAAAAGACAUCCUCUAUCGGCUACGAGCAUCCAAGGCCAAGUGCAUUGUGGCCAGUGAGGAGGUGGUCCCAGCAGUGGAGUCCAUUGUGUCAGAGUGCCCUGAUUUGAAGACCAAACUCCUGGUGUCUCCACGCAGCCAGAAUGGGUGGCUCAGCUUCCAGGAGUUAUUUCAAUCCGCGUCUGCAGAACACAGCUGUGUGGAGACAGGAAGUCAAGAACCAAUGGCCAUCUACUUCACCAGCGGGACCACAGGCUCUCCCAAGAUGGCCCAGCACUCUCAGAGCAGCCUUGGAAUUGGCUACACCCUCUGUGGAAGGUAUUGGCUAGACCUGAAGUCCUCAGAUAUCAUUUGGAACAUGUCCGACACUGGCUGGGUCAAGGCUGCCAUUGGCAGUGUGUUUUCUUCCUGGCUUCAGGGAGCCUGUGUCUUUGUGCAUCGGAUGGCCCAGUUUGACACUGACACCUUCCUAGAUACGCUUACCACUUAUCCCAUCACCACCCUGUGCAGCGCGCCCACUGUGUACCGGAUGCUUGUGCAGAAAGACCUUAAGAGAUAUAAAUUCAAGAACUUGCAGCACUGCUUGACGGGAGGGGAGCCGCUCAACCCAGAGGUGCUGGAACAGUGGAAGGCGCAAACUGGGCUGGAGCUGUACGAAGGCUACGGACAGACCGAAGUGGGAAUAAUUUGUGCCAACCUGAAAGGACAAGAAAUUAAACCGGGCUCCAUGGGGAAAGGAGUACUACCCUAUGAUGUCCAGAUUAUAGAUGAAAACGGCAACAUCCUACCACCUGGCAAAGAAGGGGAAAUCGCCCUCAGACUAAAGUCUACACGGCCCUUCUGUUUCUUCUCUGAAUAUGUGGACAAUCCAGAGAAAACUGCCGCCACAAUAAGAGGGAAUUUUUAUGUCACUGGAGACAGAGGAGUGAUGGACAGUGAUGGGUAUUUCUGGUUUGUUGGCAGAGCCGAUGAUGUCAUCAUAUCCUCUGGGUACCGUAUUGGGCCGUUUGAAGUGGAGAGUGCACUGAUUGAACACCCAGCAGUUGUUGAAUCAGCUGUUGUCAGUAGUCCAGAUCCAAUCAGAGGAGAGGUAGUGAAAGCUUUUGUUGUCUUAUCUGCACCCUUUAAAUCGUCCAACCCAGAGAAAUUAACUCUUGAACUUCAGGAUCAUGUGAAAAAAUCAACUGCACCUUACAAAUAUCCAAGAAAGGUGGAAUUUGUUCAAGAACUCCCAAAGACAAUCACUGGGAAAAUCAAACGCAACGUUUUAAGAGACCAUGAAUGGGGUCGAACACAGCCUGAUUUCUUAUCAGUUAAAGGGCUGCUUCUUUUAGUCCUGGCUUCCAGAUAA